AUGGCUGCUAUUACCCCCGACCGCAAGAUUAUUGACAUCUUGAAUGAGAAAAAGGCUGCUGGAGUCAAGACAUGCCUUUCUCUGGAGUAUUUUCCUCCUCGCACAGAGGAAGGUGUCAAGAACCUCUAUGCCCGCAUGGACCGCAUGAAGGGUGCCUUGAGCCCACUCUUUACCGACAUGACGUGGGGUGCCGGUGGUUCCACUGCUGACUUGUCGUUGGAAUUGGCAUUGCAUGCCCAGAAAACCGGACACGUCUCCAACUUGCACAUGACCUGCACCAAUAUUCAAGCAAAGGAAGGCGAGGAAGACGUCGAUCCCAAAAAGGCAAUUCACGAUGCAUUGCAGGCAGCUUUGGAUGGAGGCAUUCGGAACAUUGUCGCACUGCGUGGGGAUCCACCUGCUGGAGAAGAAGAAUGGAAAGCCAGCGAAGGAGGUUUCGCUUGUGCUUUGGAUCUGGUCAAGUACAUGAGAGAACAUUUUGGACAAGAGUUUGGAAUUUCCGUCGCCGGAUACCCCGAGGGUCAUCCCAAUGCCAUUUCCGAAGUCGCAGAUCCAUCCACUUUGACCGAAGCCGAAAAAGCAAGAAGUUCCUCCUUUGACGGAAAAACAUACUGCUGUUUGGAUGCCGACUACAAAAAGGAAAUGGACUACUUGAAGGAAAAGGUCGAUGCUGGUUCUGACCUCAUUAUUACUCAAAUGUUCUUUGACGUCGAAGUCUUCAAAACUUUUGUCAAGGAUUGCCGCAAAUGGGGAAUCAACUGUCCCGUCGUACCCGGUCUCAUGUGCAUCAAUGCCUACGGCGGAUUCAAGAAAAUGACAAAAUUUUGCAAAACUCGUGUCCCCGCCGAUCUGGAUGCCAAGAUGGAUUCCAUCAAGGACGAUGCCGCCGCCGUCAAAGAAUUUGGUGUUGAAUUUGGAGUCAAAGUGUGCCAGGAUUUGAUGGAUUCUGGAUUGAUUGAAGUCUUGCACUUUUACACCUUGAAUUUGGAAAAGGUCGUCUACGGAAUCUUGGACCAGUUGAAAUUGAGUGACAAUGCACUGGCGUUGGUGAAUGAAAAGGAUGCUGCAUCCAUGGUAGCCAAGGGAAGUGCCUGGGCUCGAGUAGGAGAUGAAGUGACCUGUGAGCAUGGCAAGGGUGUCGUAGACGAAUUAUUACCGGAUGGUUCUGCCGUCAUUGUCAUUUCCGGUAAGGACGACAAGGUCACCAUGGCCAAGGGAGCCUACCAGAAAGUCUUCUAA